AUGGAGUGUGUUGUCGGUGCGGGCCGCGUAGACAAGCUGGACAGCUCGUUCUCGCGCUCGCGCUCCAGCUCCAUGUCCAGCCUGGAGAACAUCAGCCAGGAGGGCAUCCAGUGCCUCGCCUUCGCCGAUAGUUAUACGAAAAAGUCAGAUCCAAUGACGCUCCUGCCGACGUUAUGGAUCGGCACGACGCUGGGCUCCGUGCUGACGAUGAUGAUCAGCCUGCCCGAGGCGGACCUGCGGCACACGCAGCCCGUGGUGGUCUCCACGACUGGUGGACCCAUUUUUAGGUUAAAAGGUUCAAUCCUGACAAUGUCGUUUCUCGACUGUAAUGGUGCUCUGAUUCCCUAUUCAUACGAAAGUUGGAGAGACGACAGUAAAGACGUGCGGGAACGACGGGAACGCACGCCCACGAAACAGGGCUCGUCCAGCAGCGGGUCGCGCAUGAGCCCCACGCCGGGCUCGUGCGAGGGGGCGGGGGCGGGCGCGGGGGACCGCCAGUUCGUGGUCAUCGCGUCGGAGAAGCAGGCGCGCGUGGUGGCGCUGCCCAGCCAGAACUGCGUCUACCGGCAGCAGAUCGUGGACGCCGACUUUGUAGUCAAGACGGAAAUCGUCAGUCUUAAAGAUAGUGUAUGUCUCGUCAAUUACCUGUCGACCGGCCACCUGGUCGCGUACAGCCUGCCCUCCCUGCGGCCGCUCGUAGACGUUGACUUCCUCCCUCUCUCAGAGCUUAGUCACUACGAAUGUAACAUACUAAUUAUUAACCCAACCGAGCAAGCUCCGAAUGCGCCCGGUAGUUCCGCGGCUUGCAGCGACCGUAGCCCCCGUGUACUAACCCCGCCGCGGGGCGCGCGGUGCCUGGCGGGCCCCGCGAGCCUGCCGGGCCCCGCGCGCCCCGCCGCGCCCACUGACGCCGUCUGUGUUCCUGGUAGCUUCCAGACACAGACCAAACAGAGGGGUAUCGUAGACCCAAUGCUCUCCAUAUGGGGCCAACAACUCAUUGUAAACGAGGACACGGACCAGACGGCGCGCACGUUCUGCUUCAGCAACCGCGGCCACGGGCUCUACCUGGCCUCACCCUCCGAGGUGCAGAAGUUCACCAUCGACGCCGAGUUCUGCCAGCAGCUUAACGAGAUGCUGGGCGAGCUGUUCCUGCCGCGCGACAUGCCGGAGCCGCCCAAGGAGUCCUUCUUCCGCGGCCUGUUCGGCGGCGGCGCGCGCCCGCUCGACCGCGAGGAGCUUUUCGGCGAGAGCAGCGGGCUGAAGCCGAACCGCACGGUGGCGAAGCACAUCCCGGGGCCCACCGAGCAGCUGCAGUCGCUGAACGCGCGCGCGGGCACCGCGGCCGGCGACGUGUCGCGCGCGCACCAGCUCGUGCUCGAGCGCGGCGACAAGCUGUCACAGCUCGAGGACCGCACCGAGCGUAUGCACUCGCAGGCGCACGAGUUCUCGUCGUCGGCGCACCAGCUGAUGCUGAAGUACAAGGACAAGAAGUGGUACCAGCUGUGA